GGUGAGGGUUGGGCUGGCAGUGGUGGACUGCAGCUGGAACAGAGUGCUAGAAGGCAGGCGGGCGCAGCACAUUGAUUUCGUGAGAAAGAACGUGCGAGUGCUGCCGCUGCUGCUCUGCGGCAAUCCGACCUACUACGGGGCUCCCAACAUCUUGACCUGCGCGGAGGCCCUCCCGGGGGCUCAUUACAUUGCAGGGUACCGGCGGCAUGCAAAUUUGCUGCUGCAGAGUUUCACUUGGGGCCCCCACUUUUUGGAGUUAAACAGCAGCUUUUUGGAGCGCUACACUCGCGUGUCUUCUGCUGCUGAAAUGAAGGCCCUCAAGCUGCAGCAGGAAGCCGAAAUGCUCGCCAAAAAGGUCCAAAAAGAAGAAGACAAAGCAGCAAAUCAAAAAGGCUACUCCGCAGUCUACACAGACUUAGACCCAGAAGAAGCAAACACCUAG